AUGCAGUUCUCUAAAUCAACCGUCUCUAUUAUCGCUGCCCUUUUUGCCCAACGUGUAGUCGCUGAUGGUCCUGAUACCACUACCAUCACCUCCACAGGUUAUUCAUACUCAAUUCCAAUAGAUCUCAGUGUCAUUUCGGCCAACUUGCGUACUGCCACUGAUAGUAGACUCCUUAUGUUAGUGUCAGAAUUUGAAAAUGCUAAAGGUACCUCUGCUCUUAUUUCCCUUGCCUCAGUUUAUGGGUCUGAUUUUCUCGAAGGUACUUUGACCAAUAUUGCCUCUUUGGCCCUCAAUGUUGCCACCGUUUCCGGCAACAAUGAUGCUGAAGAUUCCAUGGUCACUGCCAGCACUACUGCUUCGAUCAGCUUUACAACUUCCACCGUUUCUCAAAAUACCACCGCCAUCCUUGUCUCUUCAGAGUCUUCAGAAUCUUCAGAAUCUUCUUCUUCAGAAUCUUCUUCUGUUGUCGUCACAUCAACUGCUCUUGAAACUACCGCCAUUGAAACUUCCUCUGCCAGUAGCAUUGAAACAUCUUCCACCAAUAACACUUCCUCCACUAGCGCAGGUGCCCCAGGCUCUGUUUUAUACAGUUUGCCAUUGGUAGUCGCUGGUGGGAUCAUGGCAUUGAUAUAA